AAACACCAGGAAGUUGUAAACAAAGCUGACAGCUAUUGAGUUAGCUGUUAGGUAUAGCUGCAUUGGUCUUGAAAUAGCUGAAUAAAAAGGCGAUAUUCGUUACUUUUAAGUAAUAAAGCUAAUCGGUUUCAAUGUAGCUGUCGUUUUGCGGACAUUCCUCGGAUGUAUUUCUCUUAGGUACGGUUACCUGUCUUCCGUUUUAGCGCUGAGGGGAGAAAAAACCCCCAAAACAACUAACGCUUUUGUACAAGGACGUUAGGACCAGUUGCCGUUGCAGCAUCGACAGUAAACGUUAAUCGUCCGCUAUUUACCCGAUCCACACUGGUUUAACACCGCCGGCUUUGAACAACGAGAGGGGGUUCAUCUUUGUUAGCUAAACAACAAUGUCCACGUCCAACGCCAGCUUUAAGAACAAAUGCGUGGCCCAGGUGAACUGCAUCUACUGUGACAGUCUGUUGUGCACCAGGGGGAUGAAGGCUGUGCUUCUCGCAGACACCGAAGUUGAGCUCUUCUCCACGGACAUCCCUCCAAACAGGACGGUUGACUUUGUGGCCAGCUGCUACUCGACCGAUAGCUGCAAAUGCAAACUGAGAGACAUUGCAUGUCUCAAGUGUGGCAAUGUUGUGGGUUACCAUGUGGUUGCCCCCUGCAAACCCUGCUUGCUGUCAUGUAACAAUGGCCAUUUCUGGAUGUUCAACAGCGACGCUGUGUCCACUCUCAACAGACUUGAUGCUACGGGUCUAAAUCUGCUCCUUUGGGGAGAUCUUCCAGAGUUGGAUGACAGUGAAAACGAAGAAUCGGAAAGCCCGUCAGAGGAGGAGUGCAUUAGGUAGAGUGCAACACGGACAAUGCUGAGGAUAAAUAAUGUGACUAAAUAAGUCACUUUGCCCCCACGUUCAUCUAUGCUGCAGCUUUUAAUUCAGAAAAAAAAACACAUUUAAUGAGAAAAAUCUUAUUUUAUUUUUAAAUAGAAACUGACAGUCUGUAUCUUUUCAGACCAAUUUCUGUCUGUGUAAGAAAUGGUGCAUUACCUACAUAUUUAUUAAACUCAAAAACCAAAAGACUGUUUUUUCUUUUCUUUUUUUAAAGUUAACAAAUGGAUUGAUUUGUAUUGUGCUAAUGUUUCUGUUCUAUAUUUAAUGUGUCGAUCUUUAGUGCUUUGUUUUGUACAUAAAGGGUUGGAUGUGUACAGUUUUACCUCAAGAUGGUAUGAUGUGUGAAUUUCCUCUGGCUAGGAUAAUUGUUUAAAAGAUAAUCAAAUUACUUAAAACGGUUGUUUCUGACGAUUGAUUAACAAUGCCCAUAUGGAAAAUACAAAUAUCUAUAUAUUUUGGAAUUGCACUAAAACUGCACUGGUAGUUUAAAAAUGAUUUGUUGUUUUGUAUGCUUGUUAAGUUAAUAAACUUUUUUUUUUUUUUU